AUGGACAAUACUGUAACUCUCAUCCCCUCCGACCAAGUCAUCAUUGCCGCCAAGGGCAAUCACAUCACAGCUGCAGAUAUCUCUCGCGCCCUAUUCUAUGCCAAUUCCCGGAUGCUGGCCAUGCGCCUGUAUGUCGACAAGAGUUUUGCCACUGCCAUACCUGGUUAUGCAGAGACGUUCUACACCCUGAUGAAAUGGGAGAUGGAGACCUUUGCAACACCUUUCAUCAAUAUAUGUUUUAUCACCCGGUUGUCAGCUACUAUUCCUCAACUUCUCAAGGAUGUGCUCUCAACCAUGACUGCUCACACAUUGGUUGACCGGCGACCGGAUGUCAAUGCCAUUUUGCAGGAUAUCCGGGCAUUGCGCCUUUCUGCGGAUUCAAACAAAUCCGAUGACUAUGACAUCGCUCACAUGCCGGACUACUUCAAUGACUGGUGGAAGGAAUCACUUGGUUGUUGCAGGGUUUCAGAUAUGUUGCCCAAGUCAUCUGUCCAAGAUGUUAUGGAUUUGGUUGAAUGGCACUUUUCACACCUUCCGGAUCAUGUGAAAACCGGUCUUCUUCCAUAUAUUGUGCGUGGUCCGGAUAAUGCGCCUGGAUAUAAUUGGUUCAAGAUCUGGUGUGCCGUGCCACCAGACAACAAUCGGGAGAGAGUUGCUGGAUAUGUUGCAGACAAGGAUGAUGAAUCUUAG